AUGAGAGUUGCAGAGGAAAUUAGAUUGCUUAUUGUUAGACUGUGGAAGGAGGGAAAAUCACAGCGAAAAAUAGGAGAAAUAGUAAAGAAAUCAUGUGCAACUGUGCAGUCAAUUAUCAAGAAAUACCAAACCACCAAAAAAAUUACUGAUAAGCCGCGAACAGGACGUCCAAAUAAAAUUCAAGUAUUGCAUCGACGAGUAAUUUUAAGAACAGUCAUCCAAAAUCUUAAAAUAAGUGCUCCGAAACUUGCUGGAAUACUGCAAAAUGAUUACAAUUUGAAAGUGGACCCUAAAACUGUUAGAAUAACCUUAAGAAGAACUGGAUAG